AUGGUGAUACCACUUCCAGCCAACGAGAGCAUCAAUGCUCUCCCCGAUGAGGGACGGCCACUACUGGUGGUGAUCAAGUGGUGCGUCAUUGGCCUUUGGAUCUUCUCCUUCGUCUUGGCCCUCUUCGCUCCCUUGAGUGUCCUCAGUUCGCUGGGCUUGGCAUUUUUUGGUACCUACCUUCUGGCCGAGGACCCACAGAUGAGCACCUGUUAUCAGCGCAUUCGUGAGACUGCACUUGGUCAGUGCUGUGGCACUGGCGGUUUGAGGAUGUUGAUGCCGUUCUUCCUCCUGGGUGCCAUCAACUCCUUUGUGGACGGCCUUGCAUUAAUCCAGAUGUUCUCCAGCUACGGGUGGAAGACCUUCAACUUUAUUCCAGUGGAUGUUUUGCUGUGCAUAUUCCUUUGUGAGUUCACCAGCAGCUUGGCAUCGUGGAGGAUCAUCAAGAUGGUGCUGCCCGUCUCCCAGUUUGAGAACGGCCGCUUGGACAACUUGGACCCAGUGCCGGGGCAGGAUACCAAGAGCUACCAGGAGCUCCAGGCCUCGCUCGACCCUUGGGAGGACCUGGUCCUGGAGGUGUCUCGAACCCCAGCGUCAGUGUUCGAGCAGCGGACUUCAAACCGUUUCAAGGAACAGGGCACAAGCUCGGUGGCUAGGUGCCAAUGUUCACCCCCAAACAGUGAGAAACUCGCAACGCGUUGCGCGCGAAACGCGCAACAACGGGACAGUCACAGUCUGUUUUUUGUGCAACAUGCCAUGGGUCAGUCGCAUCUGGAUGAGCAGUUUAAUAGUCUUAUGGUUUGCGAUAGUGUGUAUGUAUAUAUAUAUAUAAUAUGUGUUUAUUUAUUUAUGAUGUAUAAAUAUAAUUUUAUAAUUACAUAG